ACUAGUUUAGACACUCAUCUCCAAAUUACAGAUGUGUAUUCAAUAACUGCGCCUCCUGCUCUCUCAGGUGAAAGAAUAUAUCCGAAGAGUUGAAAAUAAAAGUGUACGUAACACGUAAACAUGGCAUACAGCGCAGUUUAAAUGACCCCGAACUGAGUGAAAAUGAAAGCUUAAUUCAUUCUCUAAGCAUGAAUGUGUGGAAUAUAAUGAGGCCUUUAGAUCAACCUGAAUGGCAUAUGGCUACUUAUCCACAGAAACUAGCAGCUCUUCAGUUAUGAGUACAAGAUUUAGAGAUCAUCGUCUGGUUUCCCAGCGGCUCGGAAAUGACCUCGGAUCGGAUACACAUCUGACCCUCCGAUUUAAAGUAUCCCUGGCAGAAAAUUGGCCUGGCACGAGCAGAUCACAGUCACCGGCCUUUCUGGUAGAAGUUAACGCUAGCAUCUCCUUUUAUAGAUACUUGUGCUAAUCGUUCAUACAACUGCAACAUGAGAUAAUAACGUAAACUAUAUUACUUUUGUUUUGUGGACAUUACGGCAAUUCUGUACUCGAAUUAAGAGGAUUAAAGGACGCGAUGAAGGAAAAAUCAAAAAAUGCCGCCCGGACAAGACGGGAGAAAGAAAACAGCGAGUUUUAUGAACUGGCUAAACUGCUGCCUUUACCUUCGGCCAUCACCUCACAGUUAGACAAAGCUUCAAUCAUAAGGCUUACAACGAGCUACUUGAAAAUGAGGAUUGUCUUUCCUGAAGGACUCGGAGAGGCGUGGGGCCAUCCCGGGCGGAGCAGCUCACUGGAAAAUGUGGGGCGUGAACUGGGAUCUCACCUCUUACAGACUUUGGAUGGAUUUAUUUUUGUAGUUGCACCUGACGGGAAGAUUAUGUAUAUUUCGGAAACGGCCUCUGUGCAUUUGGGUUUAUCACAGGUAGAGUUGACUGGAAAUAGCAUUUACGAGUACAUCCACCCAGCCGAUCACGAUGAGAUGACUGCAGUCCUCACGGCGCAUCAGCCAUACCAUUCGCACUUUCUUCAAGAGUACGAAAUCGAACGUUCUUUUUUCUUGAGAAUGAAAUGCGUUCUUGCCAAAAGGAACGCAGGCUUGACCUGUGGCGGUUACAAGGUUAUUCACUGCAGUGGCUAUUUGAAAAUUCGGCAGUACAGCCUUGAUAUGUCACCUUUUGACGGAUGCUAUCAAAACGUGGGUUUAGUGGCUGUUGGCCAUUCUUUGCCUCCAAGUGCUGUUACAGAAAUUAAGCUGCAUAGCAAUAUGUUUAUGUUCAGAGCCAGCCUGGAUAUGAAGUUGAUAUUUUUAGAUUCCAGGGUGGCUGAAUUGACAGGUUAUGAGCCUCAAGAUUUGAUAGAAAAAACGCUGUACCAUCAUGUCCAUGGAUGUGACACUUUCCACUUGCGAUGUGCCCAUCAUCUGCUAUUGGUUAAAGGACAAGUGACAACCAAAUACUACAGAUUUCUGUCAAAACAUGGAGGAUGGGUGUGGGUGCAGAGUUAUGCUACCAUUGUACAUAAUAGCAGAUCUUCAAGACCUCACUGUAUCGUCAGCGUCAACUACGUUCUGACUGACACUGAAUACAAAGGACUGCAGUUGUCAUUAGAUCAAGUGACAUCGACGAAGCCAACAUUCUCCUAUACCAACACCACACCAACGGUUGUUGACGGUCGAAAGGGGAGCAAAUCCAGACUUGCACGAACAAGAUCAAAGGCCAGAGCAUCGCCCUAUCCUCAGUAUUCUGGGUUUCACACCGAGAGAUCAGAGUCUGAUCAUGACAGCCAAUGGGGAGGAAGCCCCUUAACUGAUUCUGCAUCCCCGCAACUGCUGGACCACGGAGAAGGAUCUCACUCCCAGCAUGCUGAUGUGUCUUGUGCCUAUAGACCAUAUUCGGACCGAAGCUCCCUCUGCCUUGGAUUUGCUCUUGACCACACUACCAGGUUAAAUGAAGACAGACAUACACACUACCACACCCAGGCCUGUGAAGGUGGCCGCUGUGAAGCUGGAAGAUACUUUUUGGGUACUCCUCAACCAGGCAGAGAAAGUUGGUGGAGUUCUUCACGAUCAGUUCUGUCAGUUUCUAAAUCAUCACCAGAAGACAGGGACAGAUACGAAAACAGCAUGCCCCACAUUGCUUCAAUCCACAGUGUACAUGGAAGAAGUCACUGGGAUGAAGACAGUGUGGUUAGUUCGCCUGAUCCUGGGUCAGCUAGUGAUUCGGGGGAGAGGUACCGCAGCGAGCAUUACCAGGGUAGCCCCCAUGAACCCAGCAAGAUUGAAACUUUAAUAAGAGCAACACAGCAAAUGAUUAAAGAAGAGGAAAACAGGUUACACUUGAGGAAGGCUACUCAGGAUCAUCUGGCAGUUGUCAAUGGGCUGCAAAAAAACCACUCAUCCUGCUAUGGAUCAAGUUAUUCCCAAAGUCAUCUGCAAGGGGUAGUAUGCCGGGGACCCUCUGUUGCUAGCUCUGUUCUGUGUGAUCUCAGCCAGCACAGGGAUGGCAAGAUGAUUAGCCCCCAUGAAAACGAACACGAUGCCAGCCCUACGUCGCUUUCAAGGAUAAGCAGUCCAAGCUCUGACAGAAUUUCCAAAUCCAGUUUGUCACUCACAAAAGACUACUUACAGGCUGACUUGUCUCCUAGCCAGAUCUCUGGAAAUCACUGUGCCGCCUCACCUACUUACUAUUCUUCUCAUCAUCGUCAGUAUUUUGACAAGCAUGCAUACUCCUUGACUGGAUAUGCUCUUGAGCAUCUGUAUGACAGUGAAACCCUUCGGAACUAUUCCUUGGGCUGUAGUGGUUCCCACUAUGAUGUCACAUCUCAUUUACGAAUGCAACAAGAUCAAGCACAAGGACAUAAAGCAACAUCAGUAAUAAUCACUAAUGGAAGCUGAUAGAGCAUUUGUAAAAAGCAAAAAAAAAAAAAAGCGUGGUGCCAAACGCCAUCCAAAUAUCAUUUUCAUUUUUAAAGCACUCAUUAUACCCUGGUAGCAAGAUUUAUUCAGCCUAUAAUGCACUAAUACUACCAGGCAAACAGUAUUGGUAAGUGACAGCAUCAGAGCUGAUACUUUUAAAUGCACUAUAAAGUAUUAUUGGUUUCUUUAUAGGAUCCUGUUAACCUUUAGCAAAUAUUAAGGUGCAGCCAAGUUAAAUAUAAACUAGGCUUUGUGACCUUUUAUUCUUCUCUGCAUUUGUGCACACUGAGUGAGCCAUUUGCAUAAAUUUUACAAGAUGUGAAGAAUUUACGGGAACAAAGAUGUGGGAGGAGGGUUGUGUAUUUUUUCUUAAAAACAAAAAAAAAAAAGAAUUUAGAGAAUUGGAACACGUCUGUUCCAGAUAUCCCAAUGCAAUCAGACCAAAUAAAACCUAAUAGAAAUUCUUUUUCUUUCUUUCUUUCUUUCUUUCUUUCUUUCUUUCUUUAACAAUGAAUGCAAAUUCUGACUGCACAUGUGGUAUGGAGUCAGAAACACCAGUGUUAAAAUGUUAAUGAAAAAAAAUAAUAAUUUAUUCUUUUUUUAAUUGGAAAUAUUAUUGACACAGUAAAAUAAUAUAAUUUACACUAGAGGUAAAAAGUGAAAUAAAUACUCAAAAAUGAUGAAUGCCAGAUCUUGGGGUUACUAAAGCAAGACGAAUGUGUUGUUCAAGAUUAACUUUUCUGUCCUAACUUUGUUUUUUUUUCUAGAGAAACCCUUUUUAUUGUUAUGAUUUUUUUUUGUUUGAUAAUGAUCAAGGUGGCAUGUUUCCAAAACAAAUUACAUAACAGUUAAAUUCCUCACGUUUCUCCCCGGUACAAGCUUUUAAACCUUGGGAAAGAUACCAGGGUAGCUUGCAAGUACCAUGUCAUUGCCUCGGUACACUUCAUGCAAAUGUAGAUACGGUUUGUACAUUUUUUUCCAGUUCAAUCCCGUCUAUGUAACGUAGGAAGCCACCUGAUUUAGCUACUUUUGUUCCUAAAACCAUGUAAAGUGUUUCUUCACUAGAUUUAUUUAUGAUGUAAAUAUGCUCACAGAAUGGCAUUUGAAGUACAGGUGCAUAAAUGUAUUUAUUAUGUGAAUGAGGAAGAUGUUUUUUUUGGUUUUGAAAUAUAGUUGAAAUGAAAGAAA